AUGCGCCUCUGUCAGUUUAAGAUAGCGCCGUCGCUCAGUCGCGGCUUGCAGACUGCUCGACUUACUUCCCGUCCUCAUCGACAUUUUCAUAUUACGAACCAGGCAAGCCAACCUCGAAAACGCACUUUCUUCACAUCCAAUGUCUAUUUGUCCCAGAGCGCCGGCGAGCCUUCCAUUAGGCAACCUAAGUCCGAGAAUGACGACUCCUAUUUGCCUGCGUCACCCAAGCGCAAAGGCGUUCGAUCUGCAGGCGCAAAGAACUCUCUUCGUCGAGUUGCCAUCAUCGCUCAGCGACCUGCGCAACGAGACACAGAAGCUACAUCUGCGGGGCUCAUCGAUGCGUCCACCUCGACUUUGAUCAGUGCUGUGUGCGUCGCCGAGGCUUUCAACAUGAAAGCGGUCUUAAAUAUUCUCCAAGCGCAUGGGUUCGAUAUUGAUCCGGACCAAAGCGGAUUUGAAGCGAGCGAGGUGGUCCACGCGCGAGGUGUCAACGGCGGUGACAUAUUUGUGUUUCCCUCCGGGACGAUUGUUACUUGGGCGCUGCCCCCCGAUGUAGUCACGAAGCAGCUGCUGAGCGCGGCGGAAACACUCUUGAAGCCGGUCCUCCGGGAGGUGGAGGACUUGGAGUAUGUCUCCGACCCGAACAAGGAGACAAGUGGCAUGAAGGGCGACAUUGUGGUGCUGGGCACGAAGCUCGAGGAUAGAGACGGCGACAGACUUGACACAACCCUCGCCAAGAUUGCAUUUUCCUCCGGGCUUGCCAGGAGCACGAAACUCGCUGUGCUGGAAAGCGCACUGACAGCCUACUUCGAGAGCACCAGGAAGAUUCCGUCUCUGUUGUCGAAAGGGUCCGGACUGCCGCUAGGCAGAAAGUUCAUCUUGCAAAAGACGGGCGAGCUGCUGAGCCUUCGCGCGAGGCUUAACCACUACUCGGAGCUCACGGAUUCCCUCCCCGACAUAUUUUGGGACAGCCGAUCUGAACUGGGCCUGGAAGGGUACUACGAACAGGUCGGACGGGCGUUGGACGUCAACGUCCGAAUCCGGACGCUGAACCAGAAGAUGGACUACGCGCAAGAGAUUGCCAGCGUAUUGCGAGAGAUGUCGAGUGAGCAGCACAGCACGAGGCUGGAGUGGAUCAUUAUUAUCCUCAUUGCCGUUGAGGUUGUCUUCGAGGUGAGGAGGAUCGUCCUCGAAUACAGAGAAGAAAAAGCAAAGGGGGACGAGGUGGUGGAAGCAGAGACACCCAAGUACCUAGGUAGGGCAACGGAUGUCUAG